GUUGAUCUUAUCCUGCUUUCAUUACCACCACCAACACGACAUGGCCUACAACCGCGAAUGGGACAGGGGAAAGGACUCCUGGAACGACUCGGGCUCAUGGAACGAGUAUCAGAAUAGAGGAAACGUACGUGGUAGGGACGAGGAGUAUUACGGCGAGGGAAAGAGGCGUAAAUACAACAAUGGGGGGUAUGAUAGCUCGCAAGGAUACGAUAACAGUUACAACGAUAGUAGCUACGGACAGUCUCGUCGUAAUCAGGACUACGAGCAAGAUACCUCUGAGGGUCACAGGAGAGGUGGCUUCGUGAAGAAACGAGUGUUGCCUAGCGAGCCUAGCUCACAUGUCAUCUUCCUCGGACUGGAUCCUGACUUUACCGAAGCGGAUCUUCAAGCAUUCCUGUCGAGCAACAACUGCACCGUCGAGAUGGUCACAAUCAUUCGAGAUAGGAUAACAGGUGUCUCAAAAGGCUUCGGCUUUGCCAAGUUCUCAAGCAUCGAACAAGCACGCGCUUUUGUCGACCCGUUAUUUCCCUUCGUGCAAGUACCGCCACCGGCGUCUCAUGGCGCCUCCGCUGCCGCCGCGUUCUACAAAGCUCUCGAGACUGGCGCAACUCACAGCGGUCGAAGGGUCAAGAUCGACUAUUCGUCAAGUGGUAAUCCUAUGGACAAGCGUCGCGGCGGCAAUACCAAUGAUGGCACUCGCGACAUUGGGAAUACGCAAGCACCGGUUCUACUUUUCAGAGGUUUGGAUCCCUUGUCUGGCCCGGGUGCUAUCGCGGAGGCGAUGAAAGCUUCUUCUGGACCCGGCAAAGAAGGCGCGAAGGGAAUGAAGAGAAUCAUCCUGAUUCGGGAUAAGGUGACUAUGGCCAGUUGGGGCUUUGCGUUUGUGGAGUUUGUGGAUGUUGCAUCGGCUGCGGCCGUUCUAGGCGCCACUAUGUCUCCUCAAAUUCAUCCGUCAGGGUUCCGCAUCUCCGACCGACCUGUCGCUGCAUCGUUCGCCCAUCCUGAUUCUUUCCAGCCGUUGCCUGAAUAUUCUAUUCGGGACGAAGGAUGCCUUGCAUCCUCGAUUGGACUAGGUGGUAUGGAAGGUGCUUUGGUCAGGUAUUGGGAUGAAGCUUCCUCCGUCGCGGUUCUGGAAUUCAAGGUCGAGGAGCCUGUGCCUCAGGCGGCCCCUGCUCCAGUGAAGGAGAAAGAGAGGAAGAAGAAACCCAAAGCGCAUACAGGUGACACCGACCACGCCGAACUUCGCCCUGUCGAAGCUUCGACUCUUCCUGUCUCUGACAAACCAGUGACACUCAGCUUCAAGGGCGGUCUCUCGGCCAAGGCUGGUCCUUCCUUAACAGUUGGGUUGGGCGCUGCGAAGAAGCCCGCUCCGUUGGCGCUUGGUUUCUCUGCGGCGGAUGAUGAUCUCGAUGAAGAGGAUGGAUUAGAUGGGGAUAAGGGUGGAUCGGAUCCUAGCAAGGCUAUGGCCGUGAAGAAAGUUGCGCCUAUGGUCGCAAGCAAGAAGAUUGUCAAUAAUAUCAACAAGUGGAACCAAGUCCAAGAGGUCCUGCGAGACGGUGCUGACAUUGCCUCGCCUAUACCCGUCCCCGUGGCAGAGCCUGCGAGGGUUGCUUUGAAAUCGAUCACGCCUGAGACGGCUACAAAGUCGUCCAGUCCGGCACCUGCAGAGGUCGAAUUCGAAUUUUCCGAUCCAAAUGCAAAGACAUGCCUCCUCUGCGCUCGUCAGUUCAAGUCUCUGGAUCAACUCAAACGGCAUAACAACGAAUCCGACCUUCACAAAAAAAACUUCAAAGAUGCCAAUCUCCGAGACGUCGCUCGCGAGAAGGCCAAAGCCGCGAAACUCAAAGCAUCAGCUCAACAACAAGCUGAACAGCCCAAAUAUCGCGAUCGUGCUUCCGAGCGUCGUAUCAUGCACAAUCAGCCUGACAUUCCUCUUCCUGAACCUAGUAGCAGCUCUGGCAGUGGUAAAGGAACGAAGAAACGCGUGGAAGGUCCUCCUCCACCUCCUUCGCCCCCGACCCCACCUGUCCACCCUGGCGCCGACGAGAAGAAUGUUGGUAACAAGUUGUUGAAGUUGAUGGGUUGGAAGGAGGGUACUGGGUUGGGAACGGCUGGGGAAGGUCGUGUUGAGCCAAUUCAGACCGCGAUAUACGCUUCAGGCGCGGGAUUGGGUGCCAGCAAAGGCAAGGAGAUUGGCAAAUAUACCGAGGGUUAUUCAGGUUACGUGCAUAUGGCGCAAGAUGCGGCGAGAGAGCGUUACGGGAGCUAAACGUCUCGUCUCGUCGUAGGUUCUACAUUCGUCACAUCAUUGGAUAACCUUCAUCGUUGAUUUCGUAUCGCACUGUUUCUCACUCCGUUAUCGAGUUUUGUUUACUGCGCUUUCCGUGUAAUGAUAAUUAGUUGUCUCUCGAUUUUCAAGGAACGUGUCUGUAACUACAUCGCUAUAGUACCCUGUGGGUAUAACAUAACCAGUGUCUGAAUCAUUAUGCCAAAUUCAUUUGAACGAC